AUGACGAGUGAACCAACUUCACUGAUCACGACAGAAGAUGCAUCUGUAACAUACAUCACUGAUUGCCCUAUAUAUACUGAAUGUAACUUUCCAGGGAGACAAUUUGUUGGUUCCUUCAAAAUUCUGAACCAAGCAUGGGAUGAUAGAUAUUCGGAUGACACUGAUUGCUUGUACAGAAGAGUAGCUCACAGCUUAUACACUCUGGUUGACACAUCUUUAAAGAGCAGCCCUCUCAGCAGUAUUUACACCUGCAAUGCUAUUACAGGAUUCAGACAAGGAAGUGUUAUUGCUAAUAAUACUGUUACGUUGGACAAAGAUGCAAAUAUUACUGCCAGCGAAUUUGAAGAUAUUUACGUAAAGGCAAUAAAUGGGUCAUCAGAGUUCGAGAUUUUAUUAUCAAGCGUUGAAUUUUCUGAACUUCAAGCGGAGACAACAGUGGACUACAUAACUUAUUUUGACAGCACUAUGGAAUCUGUGGCUACCACUGAAAUCGCCACUGACCUAAACACAGUGCAAGAAUCAACCGUUGCUGAUUUGACAAUCACCACCAGUGUAGGAAUUACAACAGACACACCUACAUCAGAAGCAGAGACAUCAACAUUUGUACAAAUCUCUACACAAGAAACAUUUGAACCAACAGAUCAAACGGUGUCAGAUGUACGGACUAUUACCACAGUGGGCAUGACUACUCAGGAAACAGAUUUCGCUUCCUCUCUACUGGUUUCUGGUACUGAAACACUUGAAACAACUGAGCUGCAAACAACUGGAAUUGAAACGGAUCAUACCACAGACCAGCUGACAGGAAUUACAACAGACACACCUACCUCAGAAGCAGAGUCAUCAACAUUUGUACAAAUUUCUACACAAGAAACAUUUGAACCAACAGAUCAAACGAUGUCAGAUGUACUGACUAUUACCACAGUGGCCAUGACUACUCAGGAAACUGAUUUCCCUUCCUCUCCACUGGUAUCUGGCACUGAAAUACUUGAAACAACUGAGAUGCAAACAACUGGAAUUGUAACGGAUCAUACCACAGACCUGCUGACAGUUACCACAUUUGAAACAACAGAACAAUCUAGAUCUUCUGAGGCAACCAUUACCACAGUCACACAAGAAACAGAUUACCUUUCAUCCACAUUGGAUUCCAGUACUGGGCUAACUCAAACAUCUGAAUAUGUAACUACUAUUGAAAGAGUUGCUUCCACUGAUUUGCCAACAGCUACGUUCUCAACAGAGAGCUUUUCAACAUCAUCCGAGGGAACUACAAUUUUAAAAGUGACAACAGACUGUGAACCAUAUACUCCAACCAAGGGAUUUGGAAGAAUAUUCAGAUAUGAAGUAAAGAUGAACAACCAAGCAUGGAACAAUGAUUUGCUUAACACUGAAUCAUGUGUAUUUUACAAAAAAGCAAUACUUUUAAACGAGGAAGUUAAUCUUUUGUUUUCAAGUUCUACUAUUCGCAAUAGUUAUGUUAGCAAUGCUGUCACUGGAUUCAGGAAAGGAAGCCUUGUUACUGAGGGUACCAUUGAUCUUAACGCCACCUCACCUUAUAAUGAGACUGAUGUUGAAGAUGUAUUUUUAGAUGACACAGGAUUCUUCAAUGAAUCAGAAAUUCUAUCUGUUCAAGAAAUUCUUGAAUCUACAACAGAUGAUUAUAUAACGUACUUUGACAGCACUCCAUUGACUGAUACAUCACGUGCAGUUAGUACAGGCCAUACAGAAUUAGAAUCCACAGCAGUCACAACUAAAGAAACUGUCUUUCCGACAUCACCUGAUACAGAUGCAACUAUGGUAACAGGAUAUACAUCCGAAAUACCAACAUCAGAAGUUGCAUCAACCACUCUACCAACAGUUACCUCCCAAGAAACAUUUGAAACAACCGAACAGUCUAGAUCUUCUGAAGCAAGUAUUACCACAAUAGAAACAGUCACACAGGAAACAGAUUACCUUUCAUCCACUUUGGAUUCUGGUACUGGGAUAACACAAACAUCUGAAUAUGCAACAUCCACUAUUGAAACUGUUGCUUCCACUGAUUUGCCAACAGCUCCUUUCUCAACAG